UUUAAACAGUCGGUACACUGAGUAAAGAAGUGGCAUGGCGUCCUCCUAUUAUCAUGAAAUGCACGAGAAUUUCAAAAACAACAGCAAAAGUCGGGAAUUUCCUGCACACAGCGCCAAGGUUCACUCUGUAGCCUGGAGCUGUGAUGGGAAAAGACUGGCUUCGGGUUCAUUCGACAAAACCGCGAGUGUUUUUGUCCUCGAAAAAGACCGCCUGGUGAAGGAGAAUAACUACAGAGGACAUGGAGACAGUGUUGAUCAGUUGUGUUGGCAUCCAACCAACCCUGAUCUGUUUGUUACAGCCUCAGGAGACAAAACUAUCCGGAUCUGGGAUGUGCGUACUACUAAAUGCAUGGCCACGGUCAGCACAAAAGGAGAGAACAUCAACAUAUGUUGGAGUCCUGAUGGUCAGACCAUUGCUGUUGGGAAUAAGGAUGAUGUGGUGACUUUCAUUGAUGCGAAGACUCACCGUCCACGUGCUGAAGAGCAAUUUAAGUUUGAGGUCAACGAAAUUUCCUGGAACAACGACAAUGAUAUGUUCUUUUUGACAAACGGCAACGGCUGCAUCAACAUUUUGAGCUAUCCUGACCUGAAGCUUAUCCAGUCAAUUAAUGCUCAUCCAUCCAACUGUAUCUGCAUCAAAUUUGAUCCCACUGGCAAAUAUUUUGCUACUGGAAGUGCAGAUGCUCUGGUUAGUCUGUGGGAUGUUGAAGAGCUGGUGUGUGUUCGCUGUUUUUCUAGGUUAGACUGGCCAGUGAGAACCCUGAGUUUCAGUCAUGAUGGCAAAAUGUUGGCUUCAGCCUCUGAAGAUCAUUUUAUCGACAUUGCUGAAGUAGAGACAGGGGAGAAGCUUUGGGAAGUACAGUGCGAGUCUCCGACCUUCACUGUAGCCUGGCACCCGAAAAGGCCGCUCCUGGCGUACGCCUGUGAUGAUAAAGAGGGCAAAUACGACAGCAACCGGGAGGCAGGGACUGUCAAACUCUUUGGCCUUCCUAAUGACUCUUAAAGAGUAAAAUUAAAACAUGGACAUGACUUUGUAACUGUUAAACCAUCUACUGUUACUCUGCAUGUCUUUACAUGCCCAAUGCUCUAUCAAGAGGAGGCGCUCAUCCUUGUUCAUUAACUGCUCACUGGAACUGUUUUAUAGAAUAUCUUCCUGUUUUGGUAAUCACAGGUACUUUGUGCUUGUUGGAAGCUGUUGUACGUUUGACAGCUUCUUUGAAAGUCUGUAAAUAUGAAAUGUUCUGGUUUAUGUGAGUAAUGGGAUUUAUUUUGAGGCCUGUAUGAGUAGUCAUUUUUCACAAACGUUUGUGAAAUGUCUUGCGGAUUAUAGUAUACUGUGCAUUAUUUUGGAAAAUAGUCACUAGAGGGCGCCACAGCCAUUUCCACUGUUCAACACACUUGCCGUAUUUUGUCCCACUGCAGACAUUCCACUGUUUCUUUUUGUACUGUGUUUUAUUAAACAUUCUUUUACAACAUCA